CAGAAGAGAAUAAUUUCGACAUGCCACCAGGGGGAGCAGAUGAUGUAAAUCUAUUAGACAUGCCGCGCCAAAACAGAAAAAUGGAUGGGGAAAGUGAAGAUGAAAAAGAGAGACAAAGUCAAGUGAGGGCAUUUCAGGAGAGGGUUGGCAGAAGGGGUAAGGCCCUAAAUAUCGCCUUCAUUGGACCAGCAGGCAGCGGAAAAUCAUCGCUGUGUAACUCAAUCAUGGCGGCUUUUUCUGUGGGUGGAUGGAGAGAACGGGCUGCUGUUGGACAUUUUGGUGGUCACGCCGAACAGGUCACUCAUCAUUUACUGAGCUUCCCCAAAGUGGAGUACCUGGACUUUGAUGCCCUAUAUGACUACAAUUAUCCUACACUGGUGGACAUGAACGGUUUCGAGAACAACUGUGAUGAUCUGAUAGAGGAACUCCUGCGGAUUGUGUUCUAUGGAAGGCUGCCCAACGAAGAAAAACUCAUGGAUGCCGUCACAAUUUCAAGGCAGAGGGGAAUUGAGGGAUUGAGAGAUCAUUACUCCCAAAAUAAUGAGGAUAUAAAAAUAGACAGAAUAAUAUUUGUGGCAUCCGCAACAAAUGAACUCCCUACACAGCUAAUGGAGGCUGUUAGACGAACAGCCCGUAAGGAGGGAAGAGUAAUUCCAAUCUUUGGGGUUCUGACACAUCGAGAUGAGAUAGACAGGGGGGACGCCGACUAUAUAAAACAAGAGAAGGAAUUCAGAGAAGGCCUAGGACUGCCAGAGAACCGCUUCCUUCUUUGUACAACCUACUGUGAUACUUACGAUAAAUAUGUCGGGAAAAGCCGUCUGGAUCAUCGCCAUCCAGAGCUGGACAUACCCAUCCUCAAGUUCAUGAGACAGGUCUGUGAUUCAGCUUCUAAAGUAAUCAAAGAUAAAACCAGCUACAACCAGAAGGAACCACAGGGCUCUCCAACACCCAGAACUGAGAGACAGCCAUCAUUGGUCCAGGCCAGGCAGAGGGAAGACCAGAAACUGAUGAAGAUGGCCAUUAAAGGAGCAGCCAUAGCAGUUUUUGUCUGGAUUCUACUGCCCUUUAUAAACAGCAGUAGAGAUAUUGCUAACAUAUGUGCCCAACAGAAAUAUGGCCACUGUAAUAUUCGAGACUUGACAACUUUCUGUGAUGAAAGAUCCUCCAUGCAAAUAUGGAGAAUUAUAUUUUCCCUUCUGUUUGCUGCAUUCACCAUGUUUCUGGAUUUUCUUUGUGAGAAAUUUGAUUUGCCUUUACAAAUAUAAACUAUCAAUAAUCAUUGACUUGUAUAAAAAUCAGGGGAAAGGUUUAAAAAAGGAAUUUAGGUAAUGGUAAAAAAUUAAGAUUACAAUAUGUGGCACUUAAUAAUCUAUCUGCAGUAAACAGUAUUUGUUUGUGCAUGGGAACUAUAGUCAUUAGCUUUACAUGUAAUUGAAAACUGUAU